AUGGGAGAACAGGGUGUUGAAGUUCAACCUACAAGUUAUUGGAGAAUUAGAAAACAAGAUUUCUUACCAGAAGAAUCAUUCCAAAGCUGGAAUAGCUACUUCUCUGCAUUAGCACAGACAUUUUUUCGUUUCAAGGACCGUCUUAUGAGCAGAUCAGAUGAUGCCAAUGAGAUUGGAGAGCUUCGGAAACAAAGUGAGAAUGAAUUGAAGCAAUGCCUCACCUGGUGGGAUCUAACCUGAUUUGUAUUCGGUUCAGUUAUUGGAGCUGGCAUCUUUGUGCUCACAGGCCAAGAAACCCGUGAUCAUGCAGGACCAGCAAUUGUGUUGUCCUAUGUUGCUUCUGGAGCUUCAGCAAUACUAUCUGUUUUCUGCUACACAGAAUUUGCAGUUGAAAUCUCUGUGGUAGGUGGUUCAUUUGCUUACUUAAGAAUUGAGUUAGGAGAUUGUAUGGCUUUCAUAACUGCAGGAAACAUACUGCUUGAAAGUAUUGUGGGGAGUGCAGCAGUAGCCAGAGCCUGGACUUCCUAUUUCACAACUCUUCUAAAUCGUCCUUCCAACUCUCUACGCAUCCAAACACAUCUAAAAGAAGGCUUCAGUCUCUUGGACCCGACUGCUGUUGGGGUUUUAGUGAUUGCUGCAACAAUAGCAAUGAUCAGCACAAGGAAAACUUCAUACUUCAACUGGAUAGCAACUGCACUCAAUACUUUAGUAAUUAUAUUUGUGAUAAUUGCAGGGUUUGUGCAUGCCAACACUUCCAAUCUGACUCCGUUUUUUCCUUAUGGAGCUGAAGGGAUCUUCCGAGCAGCUGCAAUUGUUUACUUUGCAUAUGGAGGAUUUGACAAUAUAGCGACCAUGGCAGAAGAAACCAAAAACCCAUCAAGAGACAUACCUUUAGGACUGGUUGGCUCAAUGUCAAUCAUUACUGUGAUAUACUGCUUGAUGGCACUUUCACUGAGUGUGAUGCAGAAAUACACAGAUAUAGACAGAAAUGCACCCUACUCUGUUGCCUUUCAGAGUGUAGGCAUGAAUUGGGCAAAGUACCUGGUAUCGCUUGGUGCUCUUAAGGGGAUGAUCACUGUUCUUCUAGUAGGGGCACUUGGACAAGCUCAGUAUACAACUCAUGCACGUGCCCACAUGAUUCCUCCUUGGUUUGCUCUUAUCCAUCCAAAAACCAGAACACCAAUAUAUGCUACAUUUCUAAUAACCAUUUCAAGUGCUCUCAUUGCUCUAUUCUCUAGCUUGGAUAUCUUGGCUAGCUUGUUAUUGCUGAGCACCCUAUUUAUCUUCAUGAUGAUGGCUGUUGCACUUCUGGUGAGGAGAUACUAUGUAAGAGAGACAACGCCACAAAUAAACCUCUUGAAGUUAGUUUCCUUCCUGCUGAUCAUUGUUGCAUCAUCCAUGGGGACUUCAGCAUACUGGGGACUGAAACCAAAUGGGUGGUUUGGAUAUGUCAUAUCUGUUCCUUGUUGGUUCCUGCGGACUAUAGGGAUACACAUGACUCCUCAGCAAAGAACGCCAAAAGUUUGGGGGUUUCCACUUGUUCCAUUGCUUCCAUCCUGGUCAAUUGCAACAAACAUCUUUCUCAUGGGAUCUCUGAGUAAGCAGGCUUUUAUAAGAUUUGGGAUAUGCACAGCUAUAAUGCUACUUUACUAUGUGUUUUUUGGUCUUCAUGCGACUUACGAUAUGGCCCAUCAGCAACAGAAGCCAGAACCAGGUGAAGUCACAGAUGAUGACAUGGCAGAAAAAGGACAUUAAAUAAUUGUUGUUAUCCUUCACCCUACAAUCCUCAAUCCUUGUAUUAAGAUAGUUUCUGAAAUUAAAAAUCUGAACCACAAUAUCUGAGUAAUUCUAAUAUAUAAAUAAAAGAAUACUACUUGUAGUUGUUUA